AUGGCGCGUUCCUAGAAGCGGUUGUCGGCCUCCGUAGGCGGCGGCGGCGUGUGGACGAGCGGCGCGGGGCCAGCCGGGCGGCACUUGGUGUGGAGACGGGGCCGGGGAGCUGUGCUCUUCCGGUCCGAACAGAGCGGUGUCCAUGGAUCUAAAUAGUGCCAGCACUGUCGUCCUUCAAGUCUUAACACAGGCCACCAGCCAGGACACUGCUGUUCUAAAGCCGGCCGAGGAGCAGUUGAAGCAGUGGGAAACACAGCCCGGGUUCUACUCAGUGUUGCUGAAUAUUUUCACGAACCACACUCUGGACAUAAAUGUAAGAUGGCUUGCAGUUCUGUACUUUAAACAUGGAAUAGAUCGCUACUGGAGACGUGGUGCACCUCAUGCUCUCUCAGAGGAGGAAAAAUCAACAUUGCGUGCGGGGCUCAUCACGAACUUCAAUGAACCCAUAAGUCAGAUUGCAACUCAGAUUGCAGUGCUGAUUGCAAAAGUUGCUAGAUUGGAUUGUCCUAGACAAUGGCCUGAACUGAUCCCCACUCUCAUAGAGUCUGUGAAAGUCCAAGAUGAUCUUCGACAGCACCGAGCAUUACUUACCUUCUAUCACGUCACCAAAACACUGGCAUCUAAACGUCUGGCUGCUGAUAGAAAACUAUUUUAUGAUUUAGCCUCUGGGAUUUAUAGUUUUGCCUGCUCUCUGUGGAACCACCAUACAGAUACAUUCCUGCAACAAGUUUCUUGUGGCAAUGAAGCUGCAGUUCUCAGUUCACUAGAACGAACACUACUGUCACUAAAAGUGCUACGUAAGUUAACUGUUAAUGGAUUUGUAGACCCUCAUAAGAAUAUGGAGGUGAUGGGGUUUUUACAUGGAAUAUUUGAACGUCUGAAACAGUUUCUGGAAUGUAGUAGAAGUAUAGGUGCAGACAGCGUGUGUAGAGAUAGACUGGAGAAGACCAUUCUUCUUUUUACUAAGGUGCUCUUGGACUUCUUGGAUCAGCACCCUUUUUCAUUUACUCCUCUAAUUCAGAGAUCACUGGAAUUUUCUGUAAGCUAUGUUUUUACUGAAGUUGGUGACGGCGUUACAUUUGAGCGAUUCAUUGUCCAGUGCAUGAAUCUUAUUAAGAUGAUUGUAAAAAAUUAUGCAUAUAAACCAUCCAAAAAUUUUGAAGAUAGCAGUCCUGAAACCCUUGAAGCCCAUAAGAUUAAGAUGGCAUUCUUCACAUACCCCACGUUGACAGAGAUCUGUAGGAGAUUAGUGUCUCAUUAUUUUUUAUUAACGGAGGAAGAACUGACAAUGUGGGAAGAAGAUCCAGAGGGCUUUACAGUGGAAGAAACAGGAGGUGACUCUUGGAAGUACAGCUUGCGGCCUUGCACUGAAGUACUAUUUAUAGAUAUAUUCCAUGAAUAUAAUCAGACUCUUACUCCUGUACUUCUAGAAAUGAUGCAAACACUUCAAGGGCCCACCGAUGUAGAAGAUAUGAAUGCAGUGUUAAUCAAAGAUGCUGUGUAUAAUGCUGUGGGAUUAGCUGCCUUUGAGCUGUUUGACAGUGUUGAUUUUGAUCAGUGGUUUAAAAACCAACUUCUUCCUGAGUUACAAGUCACUCAUAAUAGGUAUAAGCCAUUGCGACGCAGGGUGAUUUGGCUCAUUGGUCAGUGGAUUUCUGUGAAAUUCAAGUCUGACUUAAGACCUAUGCUCUAUGAGGCAAUCUGUAACCUGCUCCAGGACCAGGAUUUAGUGGUACGAAUUGAAACAGCAACAACUCUGAAGUUAACUGUUGAUGAUUUUGAAUUUAGAACGGAUCAGUUUCUACCGUAUCUGGAGACCAUGUUCACACUCCUUUUUCAGUUACUGCAGCAUGUUACAGAGUGUGAUACGAAGAUGCAUGUUUUGCACGUACUAUCCUGUGUGAUUGAAAGAGUCAACAUGCAGAUACGACCGUAUGUAGGAUGCUUAGUGCAGUAUUUGCCGCUUCUUUGGAAACAGAGUGAAGAGCAUAAUAUGUUGAGAUGUGCUAUUCUGACAGCACUCAUUCAUCUUGUCCAGGGAUUAGGAGCAGACAGCAAGAACCUGUACCCUUUCCUGCUCCCAGUUAUCCAGCUGAGUACAGAUGUUUCCCAGCCUCCACAUGUCUAUCUUCUGGAAGAUGGCUUAGAGUUAUGGUUAGUGACACUGGAAAACAGUCCAUGCAUUACACCAGAAUUACUUCGCAUAUUUCAGAAUAUGUCACCACUUCUUGAACUAAGUUCAGAAAAUCUCAGAACCUGCUUUAAGAUCAUCAAUGGUUAUAUCUUUUUAUCAUCCACAGAAUUUUUACAGACAUAUGCAGUAGGUCUUUGUCAGUCCUUUUGUGAGCUGUUGCAGGAAAUUACUACAGAAGGCCAAGUUCAAGUUCUCAAGGUUGUAGAAAAUGCCCUCAAGGUGAAUCCAGUAUUAGGCCCACAGAUGUUCCAGCCGAUUUUACCCUGUGUUUUUAGAGGUAUUAUAGAAGGAGAGAGGUAUCCUGUUGUGAUGUCCACAUAUCUUGGAGUUAUGGGUCGAGUCAUAUUACAAAAUGCUAGUUUUUUUUCUUCACUUCUGAAUGAGAUGGCACAUAAAUUUAAUCAGGAGAUGGACCAGCUCUUAGGAAACAUGAUUGAAAUGUGGGUUGAUCGGAUGGACAACAUUACCCAGCCCGAAAGAAGAAAACUUUCAGCCUUGGCUUUGCUUUCUCUUCUGCCAUCUGAUAACAGUGUUAUCCAAGAUAAAUUCUGUGGGAUUAUAAACAUCUCAGUGGAGGGCCUGCAUGAUGUCAUGACGGAAGACCCUGAAACAAGAACUUACAAAGACUGUAUGUUGAUGUCGCAUCAUGAAGAACCAAAAGUAACAGACGACGAAGAACCGCCCACAGAACAGGACAAGAGGAAAAAGAUGCUGGCCCUGAAGGACCCGGUGCACACGGUGUCUCUACAGCAGUUCAUCUAUGAGAAGCUCAAGGCCCAGCAGGAGGUCCUGGGGGAACAAGGCUUCCAGUCGCUCAUGGAAACUGUGGACACAGAGAUCGUCACCCAGCUGCAGGAGUUUCUGCAAGGGUUCUAAGAGCACAGCAUGUGGCUGCCCCUGACUCACGCCGGGACGCAGCCUGCCGUCUGUCUGUGAGAGCGAGAGCCCGUUGAGAUGAAGUCAUUGGUGUGGGAGCAUAAGGAAGCACUAAAGUGUAAAGAGUAAAUGUAAAGUCACAAACAUAUUCCUGAAAAGAAUUUAAUUUUGUAUUUAUGAGGGUGUGCGUUUAUUGACAGUAGCUGCAUAGUUUCCUAUUAGGAGAAACUACUUGGUUACUUUUAAUCAUUGGCUCUUCACACUUGGAGAAGAAGGUUAAUAUUUGAGGUGUUUUCUGCAACCCAAAUUAGUUAAAUUUGGCUGCCUUGUCUUUUUUUUUAAGCUAAUGAACAAGUUUUAAAAAUGUUAAGCUGUUCAAAUGAUGCCAUUAACAAAAACAUGUGUGCGCCAGGCAGAACUAGUGACAGACAUCAUUACCUGGAUGAUUGUGCAAGGGACAUAUCUCCAUCUGACCUAGGAUAACAUGUUUUAUCAGACAAAUGCUUUUAUUUUCAUUCUAGUAAUUUGAUUCAGGACUGGUGAAGGCACUUUUAUCUCAUUUUCGGAAAAUCCAUUGUAAGGCCCACAGAAAUGAACCUGUGGUACUCCGGGGCUGGUGGCGGAGAGGUCUCGGGUCACUGUUAGGUCUGCUCCUCACCCUGGGAGCACCGUGAAGGACCGGAGCUCGCGGCUCCCUGGGCUGUGGCGGGCAGCUGUGCACUUGCCGAGUCUGUCAGGGCUCCAGGGCGUGAGAGCUGCGUCCCCAGAGUGCCAGCACUGACAUAACUGUCUUCCGUCCUUACUCCUCCAUUACACCGUUAAUUGGAAAGGGGGAAAGGGGAAAAUAAAGCCUUACUUUGCUUUACUUGCCAUUUAUUGUAAGGAUUAGAACAUUUUUUAGGAGGUUGGAAAAACAUGUUAUCUUUCUGUAGAAAGUCGGGUAUAGAAUGUAACUGCAGGAAAACCACAGCUUCGUUGUGAGCUGUGGAACCCAAAAUGCCUGAAGAUACAUGAUGUUUUCAGCAAAAGAAGAUAUGGUCCAAAUUAAAUUUUCUAAAGAUGCCUCAUGUGA